AUGAUCUUGCUAGGCGCGGAGAACACGAUCAUUCGUGAUGUGCUUACGAGCAAGUUUGAGACACCUGGCUCUGUGGACCAAAUGUUCACUGACUUUGACGGUGUAGCGUAUCAUAUGGAGUCGACCAAGGAAGGGCCCCUAGUCCUUUCGAUGGACAUCCGAUGCUGGCCGGAGCUGGUGCAGUACGGUGCUAUGGAGCAGCUGCAUCAGAUGUAUGGUACUUGGAUCCGCCCUGAGACGGAAGCAGGUUAUAAUAUCACAUUGUCCUUUGAUUAUGCGGCUGUGCCGCCGCCGGGUGCGGACCGUGAUGCUCUGAUCGGCGCUGUUGCACUCCUCAAACGUCAUGCGAUGGCUGCCCCGUUUGAGCGUGCGUUUCAGGAGCAAGCCAAGCUUGAGCAGCAGUAUGAGCCAGGCACUGCGCCGCCUAGCGGCACGCUGCUUCCGCUUCACUACCGGGCCGACGAGGCCAUGUAUAUCCAGCCAUCGCAUGACCGUGUGACGGUGGUGAUUAGCACACGAUUUGAGGAGGAGACGGACCGGAUCUUCGGUAAAGUAUUCCUCCAGGAGUUUGUCGAUGCGCGUCGUCGUCCUGCGCUGCAGAAUGCGCCGCAAGUGCUGUACUCCAACCGCGAACCGCCGUUGGAAGUGCGCGAGAUGGUCGGUGCAAGUCGCUCCGACAACACGGGCUACGUGACGUUCGUUCUGUUCCCUCGCCACUUUGCGCACCCUGACGUGCGUGCGACGACCAUUUCGCACAUUCAGCUGUUCCGCGACUACUUGCACUACCACAUCAAAUGCUCCAAGGCCUACAUGCACAGCCGCAUGCGCUCGCGUGUCGCUGAGUUCCUCAAAGUCCUGAACCGCGCCAAGCCGGAGCAUGCCGAAAAAGAACGGAAGACGGCAAGUGGUCGUACGUUCCGUCGUGCAUAG